UUUAUGUCGAUUAUGAAGAAAGCAUUUAUUCGACUGCAGUGGUUUUCUCCGGGUGCGUACAUGCUCGACAAGAUUUAGUUACCUGACUCUUGUUGGAAUCCUUCACGCUUCGUGUGUUGCACAGGCUGUACUCUUACAGCAAAAAAAAGCUAUCAUGACCUCGUAUACUGACAAGGGCUCUAAGCCCGAGGGGGGUCGUUUCCUCAACUUCCAUCAUCUGACCUUUUGGGUUGGCAACGCAAAACAGGCUGCAUCGUACUACUGUGACAAGCUUGGAUUCGAACUCUUUUGCUAUAGAGGACUUGAGACAGGCCACCGAGACGUCGUCAGCCAUGUUGUGCGACAAAAGGAUGCAAUAUUUGUUUUCCAGAGCCCCCUCAACCCCAGCAAUAAAGAGUUUUCUUCCCAUAUGGAAUUACAUGGCGAUGGUGUUAAGGACAUUGCGUUUGCCGUCGAGGAUCUCGACUAUAUCAUGGACUUCGCCAAACGAAGGGGUGCAGAAGUGAUUCGAGAUAUCCAUGAAGAGAGCGAUACUUUAGGAAGAGUUAGACUUGCCACAAUCCGCACCUGCGGUGAUACAAGCCACACAUUAGUUGAGCUGAAUGACUACAAAGGCGCGUUCCUGCCUAAUUAUCAUCCGCAUCCUGACGCUACGCCAAAUAAUACUGCUGUCAAAGUCCGCAAGGGAGAGGCCUGCGGUGUUCGUUUUAUUGACCAUUGCGUUUUGAAUCAGCCGGAUAAUGGAAUGCUUCCUGUUGCGGAAUGGUACGAAAAAGUCCUACAGUUCCAUCGGUUUUGGUCGGUCGAUGACAAGCAAAUUCACACAGAGUACUCAGCGCUCAGGUCAAUUGUAAUGACAAACUUUGAUGAAACAAUUAAGAUGCCAGUGAAUGAGCCUGCCCCUGGAAAAAGAAAAUCACAAAUUCAAGAGUAUGUAGAGUACUAUGGAGGCUCAGGAACGCAACACAUUGCCCUCAACACCGACGAUAUAAUCCACACUAUCAAAGAAAUGCGCGCUCGUGGAAUGACGUUCCUCAAAGCCCCAGAUACCUACUACGAGCAACUAAGAAAUAAGCUGAAGUCCUCUAAGGUCCGGGUCGCCGAAGACCUGAAUGAGCUUCAGCGUCUUUCUAUUUUGAUCGACUAUGAUGAAAAUGGGUAUCUACUGCAAAUUUUCACGCGUCCGAUGCAGGAUCGUCCUACUCUUUUUAUUGAAGUAAUACAGAGGAGGAAUCACCAGGGUUUUGGAGCUGGUAACUUCAAGGCUCUCUUUGAGGCUAUCGAACUGGAGCAGGCAGCCCGUGGAAAUCUCUAAAACAUAAAAAUAUGAAGCGGUUGUCACCUCUCAAAAUAAAGUUUAGUCAAAAAAAAUAAGUCUAUAGCUGUAUUCACUCUAUCAUGCAGAGUUCCGCUGUUUCAAAUUAUUAAUCAAUUUGAAUUCACUGCAUUUACGUUUUCUUUCUCCUGAUGUAGUGUAGAAAGCACACAAAACUCAAUGAACAAUGUCUAUUUAGUUUACUUUACUGUAACUAAUCAACUCUUCGACUCGUCGUUAUUAAUUUAAUAAUUGUUUUAUGCUGUAUGUUGUUGGUGAAACUGACUCUUCAAUUUAUAAGACGAUGACAACGGUUGAAAUGUAGAUUUGCUGAUAGGUAUUGAAUUCAAGUGUGAAGAAAACUAUUCCUAUUCUUUGAAAUAACACUCUUUAACGCAAGGACGAUCAGAAUACAAUCUGCUACAUUAAAAGCUAAUUACGUACGUGCCAGGAAUAAAAAUUCGAAUCAUGUUUCAAUACUUUAUGAAGCAUCUGUUAAAAAUUUUAUAAAGAUUUCGAUAGGAAUUUGAUAAGUUCCUGACACUAGUAGAAAAAGACGCUUUAGAAUUAGUUGUGCAGGAUGUUUUGGUUUUACUUUCUUUUUAUAUUAACAUGUUUAUACUGUUAUAUUUUUAUUAGUUUUUCUUACCUUUUUUCUGUUUCACUUUAAACCACUUCCGAGACACGCAGUGCUGCUUUCCACUUAUUUUAUGCAUUCCAUUUCAAUAUACCAACACUGUUUUAGGUUGAAGAAAUUAACUUAUCGUCUAAUGUUUCUAUGUAUGUACUCGUAUAUUUAUAUAUUAUUCAUUAUAAUCAAUUCAAAUUUUUUUAUGAUAAGGAUAAAAAUAAUCAGUUGCUGAUUUAUAAUAACACACAAAUGUAACACAUAUUAUUCUCGUCGUAUUUUGGGCUUGUACUAUUUCAUCUAGUUAGCUUCCGAAUAGGCGACGAUAAGUGUAACCAUACGUCAUACCUUUCUGUUCUGUAAAAAAAUGAUUAUGUUUUUACUCUUAAUUAAACAAUUAUACGAUUUCUUCAAUGCUUCCACGUUCUCGAGGCAGGAUUAAAGAAACUGACCUAGACAUGUGAUACCUAUUUAAUAUGUCGGCGGCUUGUGUACGCUUUACAUACUUCCAUUUUUCUUAAUUAUUACUACUAAUACAUUCUCAUAUAAUGAUCCUACGCUUGUUUUUCAUUUUCGAAUCAAGUGACCGGCGGCGGACGGCUUUAUCAUUGCUAAUUCAAUUCAAAGAAAAUUUCAUUAUCAUCAUUUAAUGGAUUUAGCUUUUCUCGCUUGUUCUUUUCCUAUAUAAACAACAAAACACUAUGGCAUUGUGGUCUCAAGAUGGCUCAUCACGACUGUAAUCUCACACAAAUCGCUCUAUUUUCAACUGCUUUUUUUCAAAACAUAGUGUAUUUAAUCUGUUAAAUUCCGUCCGGAUUUUCAAAUAAAAAAGAAGAGGCUAUCAAUAAAGUAGCCCAAAGGCAGUCCAAGUAUUUGACACUUCGAGUAAUAAUUCGAGAUAUUUACUCGAUUCGAGCCAGUUCGAGAAACGCGUUUAUGUAUCGUAAGCACAGAACACGCUCAUACAGCUCUUUCAGAUCUUACACCAGACCAUACAGACAUAUCUGUCAUAAAUAGCACAUUUGAACAUUCAGAAACAUUAUAAUUACGCCGUACCGCCGGUCACGCGGUCAAAUUCUUAGAAUAUUUUCUUCAAACAUUAUCGUCAUUCUGUGCUUGAAGCGAUAUCAAGGGGAAGGACGCGCACCGCUUUGUUGUAAAUUGCAAAAAAAAA